AUGUCAAAAUACAUACGACGUGGAGAAACUCCUGAAGUAAAUGACGAAGCACGUAAAAUGAAGAAGAUAUUACCGACGCGGAGAAGUUACAAGAAAGAAUUAUUUAGAAACAUACGACGUGGGGAAAUAAAUUUUGAAACACACACGACAUGUAGAAGAGGGAUCGGUUAG